GAGAAACAAUGCGUCAUCGCGAAAGCAUGGCGAAAGCUCGAGAUGUUAAAAAUGACGUAAGCGAAUUUCGGAGUCGGUCGGAAACAAGUUUCAACCCGUGCACUCGCCGGUCCGAGAAGCAGCAGCGAAUCAUCGACCAGCGGCGUUCGGGAAAGUAGGUGUGUCCCGUCAUUGAGCGACUGGCUGUUGGAGAGUUCGGACUUACAUUGUUUGCGCUACGCCCAGUCUAUAGUUUGUUGUACCUAAAGUACUUUUAAUAGAGUGGCACCAAUCCUACCGGCAACAUGUCGCAACACCAGUACUAUCCUUUCAAGUGCACCCCAACCGUUUAUCCAGCCGAACCUUUUGAUGUCAAUACGGAUGCGGCGAUCCUUCGUAAGGCAAUGAAAGGAUUUGGAACGGAUGAGAAAGCAAUAAUUGACGUUCUUACCAAACGUGGAAUUGUUCAACGGCUUGAAAUUGCUGAAGCUUACAAAACUUUAUAUGGGAAAGAUCUGAUCAAUGAUCUUAAAAGUGAGCUUACUGGGAAGCUUGAAGAUGUUAUAAUUGCCCUUAUGACUCCUCUACCGCACUAUUAUGCCAAAGAGCUACAUGACGCUAUGUCUGGUUUGGGAACUGAUGAAGAGGCAAUCGUAGAAAUAUUGUGCACCCUCAGUAAUUAUGGAAUAAGAACCAUUGCUGCUUUCUACGAAAACUUGUACGGAAAAACUCUUGAAAACGAUCUGAAAGGAGACACAUCGGGGCACUUUAAAAGAUUAUUAGUUUCUCUUUGCCAAGCUAAUCGAGAUGAAAAUCAAGGCAUUGAUCAUGCACAAGCUGUCACCGAUGCGCAAGCCUUAUAUGAAGCUGGUGAGAAACAAUGGGGAACUGACGAAUCGCAAUUUAAUGCCAUCCUGGUCAGUCGCAGUUAUCAACAGUUACGCCAAACGUUUAUUGAAUAUGAGAAAAUCUCAGGCCAUGAUAUCGAAGUGGCGAUUAAAAAGGAAUUCUCUGGGAGCGUUGAAAAGGGCCUCCUUGGAAUUGUGAAAUGUGUGAAGUCAAAAGUUGGCUUCUUUGCUGAGCGUCUACAUGCUAGUAUGCAUGGCAUUGGAACUAAAGAUCGCACCCUUAUCCGGAUUAUUGUAUCGCGAAGUGAAAUUGAUCUCGGGGACAUUAAAAAGGCAUUUGAGGAGCGUUAUGGGAAGUCACUAGAGAGCUGGAUCGCUAGUGAUACGUCUGGAGAUUACAAAAAAGCAUUGCUUUCCCUGGUUUCGACUUAAACUAUGUACAUGAGUCAGUAAGCAUGCAUAGUGCUUACUACUUAAGUUUUAUUGAUAAUCCAUGUUAAGUAAGCCUACCAGUCGCCUUCAAUGGAUUUGCCUUAAUUGUAGAAUAGAAAAACAAUGUCGAUCAAAGUCAGUGUUACUGCCUGCCAUUGGACGUACUUUAUUGUUGAAAACAAAAAAUUGAUUUCAGUGUAAUUGGAGAAACAUAUAAGGUUAAAAUAUUACUUUAGUUUUAAGUAAUAGUCGUGCUCCUAAUUGUUGCAAAAGCAACGUUUUAGUUGACGGUGCCUGUUUUAAUGUAAUUGGAAGCAGACAUUUCUACAUAAUAUACAGGAAUACAGGUGUUAUUGCGUUAAGGAAAAUCGCUCCUUGCACUAUAAAAGAUACUGCUUUUACAUAGAACCUUUAUUUUUAUUUUAUACAACAAGAUACAAAGACUUUAGCAUAAAGAUGGCUCUACUUGUUAUAUUUUUACAUCUAUAUACUGCAAUCUAUUUUUACACAAGUUUGCUACGAAGAAAUAUUGCAUAUAUUUUCUACAUUACAGAGAUGUCUAUUUAUUAUUGUAACAUUUUGUUAUAAAAUUAUAUUAUAAAAGCAAUAUUCAUAUUGAUGUUUCACGAUAUUACAACCAAUAAAAACAAAACGUGAAUGAA